CGCGUCUCUGUGUAAAGAUUCCCUUUCAAUCUUGCCAUUUGGUGGUAGGGGAUUGACUGAAGCACCGGAUUUCGACGCGUCCUUCCUCCUACCGACGCGUGUCGAUCGCGGUCAGGCCCCGCAAGCUAGAUUUUACAUUCGCUAUGGGCCUCAGUCCCUUUCAAUGUGUCGCUUCGAGCUCUUCGGGCGGCUAAUCCUCAAAUUUCAGCGGCACCACGACUCUCCUGCGUUGUUCGACUUGUGCCACGAUCCCGCUCCCCGUCCUCGUGUCAGACCGGCGAAAUGCUUCAUGAGAUCCUCUUGUCCUUAUCCGGCCUCCAGUCACCGAUCUGGUCGCAGGCGCGGUCCACAGCAGGACCAGGAGACGAAAAGACAUUCAGUCAAUAUGUUUCACCCCCCGAACGGGCGAUGCUAGCGACCCUGGCUCACCUGCAUGACUUACAUGCUCAACUCAAGGAAGCGACGUCGAGGCUGUCCCAAACUCACCGGUCGAUGGUCUGCCGAGCGGUCAGUUCUUCAAUAGCAGACGUCCACUUGGGUAAAUAUGUGGAUAAGAUCAUAGAGGUGGAGUCGAGCAUACUACAAAAGGACGCUGCUUAUGUUGGCGCUUACGACAUUGUGCCGUUGAGUACUCUUGUUGCCGAGUUUGCGCCAUGGACGAGACGAUUGGAGUGGCUAUGGUCGGUAGUCCUGCAUUUGGAUCCUCAGUCCAAGCAGAAUGGGAAGGUCCGUUCGCCUUCUGGAGCCAGCAUCCUGGAUUGGCUAGGAGACGAGACACACACCGGGUACUCCGAUAUUGAGGACAUGGCCACUGCGCUUCUGACUGUUGCCCAGAAAGCAUGGAUGCGAGCCGCAUCGCUGUGGGUGCUCUACGGGAGACUGCCAACUUCUGGGGCCGAGGAUUUCUGCAUCAGGCCAAAUCCAAGGCCAUCAUCGGUGAUGGAUUCAUACAUGAUCGACCGUUCAUUGGCACCCAAGUUCUUGACUGCCGGGACCAGCAGUGCUUUGCUUUCAGCUGGCAGUGCUCUGAGCCAGUUAUAUUCGCAGGCUGCGUCGUAUGGACCAUUACUGAGUGUGUCAACUGAUGCAUCCUUGUCUUUGCUACCAACACAUUUGGCGCUGCUCGAAUCCUUACAGUAUCCGUUGAAUCCAUCGUUGCUAGAGAGCACAAUCUCUUCCAUCAACCAAUCUAUAUCUGAGAAUUCUCUGUCUCAAAUCCUCCCCCGACCACUGGUCUUACAGCUGCUGCAAGUCAUCUUACGCUAUAUGCUCCUCAAUCAAGGCGAAUUUGCAGUGUCAUUGAUUGAUCAUGCAGACGAUCGGGUAGCCAACCACCGACAAACACCCAACACCGCUCGACCAGUCCGGAAGAUUGGACGACUCGACGAACUUGCAAUUAAGGAGGCUGAACUGAAGGGCAUACUGAACAAGACUAUGGCAGAAUUGUCAGCGAUACAGGGCGAUGACGAUAUGGAAGAUGAUAUCCUCAGCCUGGCGAAGAAAUUACUGUCUCUUCGGGCUGUUGAUGAGAAGAACGAACUUGGUCGGGGUCUGGUGUCAACGCUGUUGCCUACACUGACCAUUCUGCACUUGACAAUCCCUACAUCCUCGCCGUUGCAUAUUUUCCUGUCUUCAAGCGAUGUGCAAAUGUAUGCAUUCAUUAAUGCGUAUCUGAUCUCUAUCCACAGAGCAGGGCUGCACUUGUCAUCCCUCUGGAAACUGUCCUCACAUCGCAGAUGUUAUCCCUCUCCAAUCGGGCCCCCUAGAAGCGCUUCACAAUCUGGACGUCGAAAAUUGGCAGCUCGACGAGCACGAGACUCUCGGAGAUCUACAAGGACCAGAGCAUAUUGGACAACUGCCAGCAGAGCUUUGUUCAUGAUUAAUGAGCUCGAGGCAUUCUUGCAAGGGGAGGUGAUCCAGAGCAGUUGGGCACACUUUUCGAAAUGGCUAGAUGGCAAUGAUGGACUGUAUCCGUCGUCAGCAAAGUCGUCCAGGCCAGGCACAGCGUCCUCAACUGCUCAGACGGGGACGGCGGAAUUGUCCACCCAGGAAGCACCCACAGUGCCAGCAGAUCCUCGGACCAUGGCAGAAGCCCAUCGCCGAUUUCUGCACGCCUUACACACAGCCUUAUUCCUCACGAAUGUCGAGUUUGUUGCAACUUUGAAAGAACUCCUGAAUCAGGCCGACCAUUUUAUUGCUCUUUUCUCCCGUCUGCAGACAGUGUGGGAGGGUCUGGACCUCCAAGAGGACGAAGGCGUGCUUGACGCAUUCUCCAACUAUGCCCAAGACGAGAGAGAUGUUCUCACCGAAAUGGAUCGCACGAGAGAGGCGAUAGAGACAACACUCUCCGAUCUAGUGACGGAGAUUCGAGACAUGGAGAAGGAAAAACGAACCGGGGUCGGAUUGAUGACUAGCAAUCUGCAGGAGAGCAUGAACGGGAUGCAGUUGCACGGAAACGGCACCAAAUUUGUGCCGUGGCAGGCGAGGACAGUGGAUCGUUUGGUCAUGAAACUCGAUGGCCUUGUGAUGAAGCAGGACGAGGACAGAGAUCAUACUGCAGUCGGCCUUGUUGAUGCAUAUGAUGAAUGAUUGAAUGAAUAAACGAGCGAGGAACCAGAGACAUUAUUAGGAUUGGCUGCAGAUCUCACGACAAUGUAGCGGUGCCUCUAGUCAAGUAGGGGUGAUUGAGAAUAUAUUUCUAUCCAAC